AUGAGAGCCUUAAUCCUUGUAGUUGGUGACAAAAAGAAAGAGACUAGUUCAACUGGUGGAAUGGCAGUCUCUGUUAAAACUUCAGAAUUGAUGAGACAUAGAGUAGAGUAUUGUGUACCACAGAGAACCGAACUCAUAGUUGAUGCGAUCAAGAAUAAAGAUUUCCCAAAAUUUGCUGAGAUAACUAUGAAAGACAGUAAUCAAUUCCAUGCAAUUUGUUUGGACUCAUAUCCACCAUUCGUUUAUAUGAAUGAUAUUUCUCAUUCUAUUGUUGGACUGAUUCAUAAAUACAAUGAAAUUUCUGGUAAAGUGAAGGUUGCUUACACAUUUGAUGCAGGAUCAAAUGCUUGUCUCUAUCUCCUCGAAGAAGAUGUUUCAGAAGUAAUCUCUUUGAUAAAGCAUGUUUAUCCUCCAUCAAAUUCCAAGGGUUUUGUAACUGGUCUUUCAUAUGUGGAAGAUGUAAACUCUAAAAUUCUAAAAAUGUUUCAACCCAAAGACAAAGAUUUGAUUAAGUAUGUUAUCUAUACUAAAGUUGGGGAUGGUCCAUCUGAAGUAACUGAUGGCUCUCAUCUUUUAAAUAGGGAUGGAUCACUUAUACAUUUGAUGUAA